GUUGUUAGCGGGGUAGUUUCUUUCUGCUCGUCAGUGGUCACAUAUUACACGAGGCUGCAACAUCCACCACCACGACCACGACCACGACCAUGGCUAUCACCGACUUUCUAGCAGCUGCAGACAUCACUUCAGCUAUAAACGCCUGUAAAGCGAAGGAUUCCUUUAGCCCGAAGACGUUCUUCAAAGCGGUGGGUUUGUCCAAGAAAACCCCACCAGAGAUCGAGGGGGUCUUUAAGAUUUUGGACCAGGACAAAAGUGGCUUCAUCGAACAGGAUGAGUUACAACUGUUCCUGCAGAACUUUGCCAAAGGAGCAAGGCCCCUGACCGCGGCUGAAACCAGAGCUUUCCUCCUGGAAGGAGACUCGGACGGGGAUGGGAAGAUCGGCUGGGAAGAGUUUUCUGCAAUGGUGAAGUCUUCGUAAGGACAUUUGGAUCUGGUGUUCAGUGCCAUAAUAUAAAAUAUGUCAUACUUUAAAUAAAAAAAUGUCAAAAAAACAA